GAGCAUUAUGUUAUUGAAUUAUGCUAUUGAAGAAGUCGGUAUCAAGAAUCAAAGGCGUUAGUUUGGAGGGUCGAAAACUGAUCGAAGAAAACUGCAAAAGUCCAUAUUUUUAUAGUCAAGUCAACUCCCAUUAUAAGUUAAAACCAGUUGUCCAUCAUCGUUUGCACAAUUAAUAGUCUUGUUUAAUAUUUCUCCUUCUCAAUCAAUCAAUGGCGUCUCGAAGUUUCAUCUUAUGGCUACAUGGUCUAGGUGACUCUGGUCCAGCCAAUGAACCCAUCAUCAAGACCUUCUUCACUUCGCCUCACUUCGCUAACACUCGUUGGUCUUUCCCUUCUGCUCCACCUCAACCUGUUACCUGUAACCGUGGUUUUGUGAUGCCUUCAUGGUUUGACAUUCAGGAGAUGCCAAUAACAGCUAAUUCCCUUAGGGAUGAAAGUUCCUUGCUUAAAGCAGUUCAAAAUGUGCAUUCAGUGAUUGACAAGGAGAUAGCUACUGGAGUUGACCCUAAGAAUGUGUUUAUUUGCGGAUUGAGUCAAGGAGGUGCGUUGACCUUGGGUAGUGUUGUUUUAUAUCCAAAAACUCUUGGUGGGGGUGUAGUCUUGAGCGGAUGGGUUCCUUUCAGUUCAAAUACUUGUUUAAUACAACAGAUCACACCGGAGGCAAAAAGGACUCCGAUAUUGUGGUCUCAUGGUAUGGCUGACAUGACAGUGUUGUUUGAAGCUGGACAAGCGGGCCCACCAUUCCUUCAACGAGCUGGCAUAAACUGUGAGUUUAAGGUAUAUCCUGAUCUUGGCCAUUCAAUAAGUGAUGAGGAGCUUCAACACAUGGAGUCAUGGAUCAUAUCCCGUCUACAAAGUGAAAGUUCUGCCUGAAGAUUUGACUAUCAUUGACUUUUCACUUGUAUACAUCCCUAUAUAGAUGCUUAAAAUUAUAUAACCACAUUAUAUUUGUAAUUUUUUUUUUAAAAAAACUUAACAAUAUGUAUACGUAUAAGUUUAGGUUGCAUCAUGUAUGCUUGUUGAUAAAUGUUAUACCUUUUACAAAAAAGGGAUACAUUAUUGUUUUUGCAUAUUAAAAUUUGAUGUAUACAUCAUACUCAAUCGUUGUAUUAAUUAAAAGCAUCUUCAUUGAAGUUUUUC